CAUUAAAAUUUUAUAUAAAAUUUAUAUUUAUAAAUGACAAAUUUAUAUAUGUUGGCAUAUAUGUCCUGGGAUCUCGCUCCGCCGUCCGAAAACGUAGGGACCUCUCAACUAAACUAAACUAAACUAAACUAUCGACGUUGAUGUUCUAAUGUACGUCUCUUUUCCCUCUUUGGCGCGUCAGCCUAGGGUUUCCAAUUUUCAAUUUUUUUUUCGAAUUUCUCCUACCUUGUCGGUAGUAAUCUUCACCAUUUCAGGUCCCGCAAUUUUUUAUCCAUACCAGUUUCCAAUUCAAGCCUAAUUUCUAAAAGGUGCAAUGCCGCCAUUUUUAUCGACAUCGAAGGCGGUGGGUUUUGUAACAUCCCGUAGAAAUGUGAUUAGCCAUUUCUUUAGGCACGGCCAGAACGGAGGACGUUCCGGGAACUUCGAUCAAAUCCGAUGGGUUUCUAGCGUUUCCGGUAUCGAAACGCGGUCGUUUCGCCACUUACUCGGUUCAUGCAAGGAGGAUUCUAAUGUAUCAUUAAACAAUUUUUUCAAUCAUUACAAUCUCCAAAGGAGACGAUUCUUGGGCUGCGGUGACGGCGAAGAAGGCGGCGUUUUAUCAAAAGUUUACGAGGAAAGGAUCGUCAUGGGGUAUUCGCCGGAGCAGUUAUUUGAUGUGGUUGCAGCUGUUGAUUUGUAUAAUGGAUUUGUUCCUUGGUGUCAGCGGUCUGAUAUAAUCAAACGGUAUCCGGAUGGAUCGUUUGAUGCUGAAUUAGAGAUUGGUUUUAAGUUUCUUGUUGAGAGUUAUGUUUCUCAUGUAGAAUUAAGCAAAGCAAAGUUUGUAAAGUCAACUGCAUCAGAAAGUAGCCUUUUCGAUCAUUUGAUAAAUAUUUGGGAAUUCAAUCCUGGACCAGCUCCAGGAACUUGCAGCCUUUACUUUCUUGUGGACUUUAAGUUCCAGUCACCACUUUACCGGCAGGUGGCAUCCAUGUUUUUCAAGGAAGUAGUGUCACGAUUGGUCAGCUCAUUUAGCGAACGUUGCCAAUUGAUAUAUGGCCCUGGGGUUCCAGUCCUUGAAAACACUAACGGAGAAAGGACAUGAAUAUUUGUUCUUGGAAAGGAUGCUCUCACAAUGCCCACUGGGUAGUUUUUGUUUUGUGUACUGUCCGGCCUUAAAAAAUUGCCUUUACCCAUAUUCGAUAUUCGUUUGAUCACCUUCCUUCACCAAUUGAUGUGCCAUUUUAUCAAAGAUCAGUUGAUAUGUCAUUCAAUAAUUUCUCAGCUUUUGCACUUUUUCUUUUAACAGUUUAGCUAUCUCCGUAUUUUAUAAAUUUUCACUUUUAACAUCGCUGCGUCAUUGCAAGGUUGUGGACUUGUCAUCCCGUUUGUUUAGGUGGGCUGGGCCUAUUGUCAUACUAAUAUCUCCCUACUGCGAGUCUUGUACGUUUAAGCUGGUCGAUCAGCAGCGAAAGUCUUGGUGUAAAAAUAAACCAUUAAGAUUAUGAAGCGACAUCCCAAUCAGGCUUUCAUGGUUGCCUCCUACACCAUGUAGCAAUGAACUGGUAAACCGGAAGAUAUAGUUGCAACUUUUAUAUGGUACUCUUCGUUGAAGUAAAUAUAAACCAUUAAGAUUAUGUUCGGUUAUAAGAGAACAUCUUUCAUCGGUUUCAACAUGUGGUCAGUGACGAUGUUCCUUCAGAUGCG